AUGGCCGCGCAGGUCGACGAGCGGACUCCGCUUCUUCCUGCAGCCACCGGUUCGGCAUCGACGACGACGACGACGACGACGACAGCUGAGACAGCGCCGAAACGAUCCGAAAUAAAGAAUGGACACGAGGGUGCGGGCCAGAACUGGCUGUCGACGUUUAUGACGCCGGCCAACCGCGUGCUACUGGCCGGCUUCAUCAUCUCGCUGAGCUUCGGCUUCACCCAGGUCUCCAUCUUCUACGUCUUCCAUCUCAUGGAAUGCGACGUCUACUACAGCAACCACCCGCCAUACGACGGUCCCGGCGACCGCUGCAGCCGCAACGAGAUCGCUGCCGGCACGGCCACUCAAUUCAGUAUCCUCGGCAUGACCACAACCUUUGCCGGGACCUGGAAUCUCUUCGUCUCCGGACAACAGGUCAAGGCUUGGGGUCCGCGCGCAGCUCUUAUCCUGCAGAGUUCGGUUCCGGCCAUCCGAGUGGCCACACAGAUUGUCGGCGUCAUCGCCGGCGGACAGGUCGGCAUCUGGAUCAUCCAGAUUACCCAAGUCAUUACCAUCCUCGGCGGCCCGGCUGGAUACAUCCUUGUCGUGAACACCAUUGCAGGAGAGGUCGUCCCGCCUGUGCAGAGGACAGAGCUAUUUGGCAAGCUGCAAGGCUGCAUUAUGCUGGGAGGCGCCACCGGUUUUCUUUUAGGAGGCCUCGUAGGCGACAACUUUGGCAUUAUCCGCCCCUUCCAGACGGCCUUUUUCCUUUUUUGUUUCGCCAGCAUCUAUGCGCGCGUGGCCAUGCCCUACAUCUCGCCUGACUCGCUUGUCGACAAGACGAAGACGCCUCGUCACCGCGGCAUCUCCUCCUUAUUCCAGCCGCUCAAGGUGCUCUUGCCGCAGAAGAUCCGCCUGGCCAGCGGCCGUCUUGCGGCGCACUACGGCGUCUUCUUUCUCUGCUUUGGCAACUUUCUGGGCGUGCUCGCCACGGGAUACGCUCCGGUGCUGUUGCAGAUGUACGCGACAGCCGUAUUCGAGUUCGACCAGGCUAAGAACGGCUGGCUGCUCUCGGGUAACAGCUUCAUGCGCGCCAUCUUCCUCAUCUUCAUUUUCCCGCGCAUCAUCUCGUGGGGCCGCAAGUGGUUCGUGUCACGUGCCCAGAAAGAGGCCCUGGCUGGCAAGGCAGGCUCGACGGGAUCGUCGACGACGACGCUUAGAUCAUCGGGCACGUCCAGCUCGACGGUGUCGGCUGUUACAGCUACGGGUACGAGAGACAACGUUCUCCCGACGGAGCCGGAGCAGUUUGAGGCGCCGACCAGCGCACAGAUCGAGGAGGAGCCGGUAGUGACGGCGGAGCCAGCGGCCGACGAGGAAAAGGCGGCCUAUGCAUUCGACCUUUUCUUCCUGCGUUGGAGUCUGCUCGUCGAUGGUGUCCUGACGGCCGGCGCAGCCCUGGCCACGCAGGGCUGGCACAUGUACCUGUUGACGGUGCUUCUGCCGUUUGGCUCCGGCUCGGCUCCGGCGGCCAAGGGUGUGAUCACGUCUAUGUGCCCCAGCUCGCAGCGCACCGACGCCCUCAACGCCAUCACGCUCGUCGAGAAUAUUGCCCGCCUGGCUACGCUCGGCCUUUUUGGCUUCAUCUUCUCGGCCCUCGCCGAGAUCGGGCAGUCGCAGCUGACGUUUUACUGCAACGGGGCUGUGGCGAUUGUCGCAAUGCUGGUCCUGAUGCUUUCACACUUUCCGCCGGCAGACAGCGUGCUGGUGGAUGAAGACGAAGACGAGACUGCGACACUCUUGCCGCCUUCCGAAGACGAAUCACGGGAAGAGACGUCCACGUCUUGA